AUGGCCAAGCAGCAGGUGCAUUCCCUGCCAACCCUCGAAACGAUUCCCAGAGAUCGAUCGAGACAACAACCGCCCGACUUCAACCCGACACGAGGUCCAACAAUGGCACCCUCAUCUCGCACAUCCAAGGGCAAAAGCUCUGGAUCCAAAAAGGCAACCGCCGCAGGAUCCAUCCCUAAACCCUACCGCAAGAUCCCAGACAGUUUUUCUUCCUUUGUCGACAUACUCGACCCGGAGCAUGUCUACGUGGCCCACGUGGACUCCAAGCCGCCUGCAUUCAAGCGCAAGAUCUUCUUGGUGCCCGUGGCCCUGAACUUGGCCGUUUUUGCCUUGUUUGUCCUGCGCCUGCGCUACAUCGCCCCCUACUACAAGCAGCUAGCCAUCGCCGCCACCGGCAACCACGUGACGGGCAUCUCGCUCGACACGGCCGCCAUGUCGUGGUCCGCGCUGGCCUGGGUCGUAUUCGGCCGCGGCUUCACCCUCUUCCUGGACCUAAUCCUGCUCAUCUUCGUCUGGCCCUGGCCCGUCGAGUUCUGCCUGGGCCGCACCCACGGCAACCCCUGCCUCUGGCGCUGGCAGAUCGGCUUCCGGGACAAGGAAAUCUACGUCCGCCGCAGUCGCGAGUGGGACCGCCAACUGGCCGGCAAGGACGUGCUAACGGACCAGGGGUCUCGCACCCAGCUCGCCACCUAUGUUCGCAACGCCACGUCGCCCGUACUGCUCAACGACAAGACGGGCUACCUCACCAUGAACGGCGACUGGGACCUCGACUGGGCCGCCAUGGUGUAUGCGCACAAACUCGUGGACGCCAAGGCGCUGGCGCUGAACGCGUUUAGUCUCGUUGUGUUGCUGCACCACAAGGAGCACGGCUGGUUGGUUCUGGACACGGGCAAUGGUGUCGCCGGAGGCACCAAGGAGGAUGAGCGGAGGCGGCAGGUAUUUGCCUUUCGCGAAGCGCUGGUUCGUCUUGGUAAGGAGGAUCUCUUCUUCCGCUGGAUCGAGACUGUCCAGUUCGAGGCGACACAGCCCGGUGGCAUGACUGAGGAGAAACAGGUUGCUGUUGCCCAGAAGAUCCGAGAUCUCUUCCAAGAGGAAGGAAUUGACUUUGAUGGACUGUGGAAAGAAUCGGUGGGAAGCGAUAGCCUGGCAGGGAUAUGA